AUGAGAUACCUCUUUGCACCGUCUUGGAGUGUGGGACAUGGUUGGACCGUGCAGACGCAGCAGCGCUUUCGAGGGUCUCCUUCAACAAAGAGCGGGACGCGGUGCGUGCCCGCGCCCCGGCGCUCUGCGAGGUUACGGAAGGCCGGGGAGCAGCGUGUGCGUAGGAAACGGUCCAUGGGCCUUAAGUGUUUAUUAGCUGGGCCAGACACUGGUUUUUUUGGUAUCGGGACAUCUGAAGUGCUUGUCAUUCUUCUCUGCGCUUGGCUCCUACUUGGCCCAAAAGGCACUUACGAAGCAGCCCGAAACCUUGGGAGUUUCAUAGCGAAUCUUCGUGAGGCAGCAAAUCAAGCGCGGGAGCAGUUUAUAUCUGCUCUCGGAGAAGACUACGACAGCGCUCGUCGUGAGGUCGAAGGAAUCAGGGACUCUUUCGUCGGGGCGCUAUCAGGUGAGGUCGACGAUUUUGACGGCGAGGCUGGUAAGAACUUAGCUGCUGCGACCGAUGACAAGUCCACCGGAAAAGAGCGUGUUGGUCAAAGUCCGAGUUCGCCGCUAGAUAUUGCUACCUUUACGAGUCUGACUGGAGGGAAAGGGCGGUCCGAAGAUGAAGCGAGAAGCUACUUUUUAGAUGCUCUUCGAAGAGUGAAUGAUCCGAACCAGGUGCCACCGACAUUCGCGAGCGAGCCUGCCAGUGCUGCGAAGGAAAUCGAGUUGGAUGGGCAUUCUAUCAGGGCCGAGCCUGAGGUUCGUGGACUAGAACGACUCACAACGGAGUCAGGGGCUCUCGAUCUGCGAAAGCUUGAGCUACGUGUAGCUGCUCUAGAAGACGAGAUUCUAGAGCUUAAGAUGAUCAUCAGGGAGCGGCGGCAAUAG